AAUUCGGACUCUGAGGUUCCUUCCAUGUGCCUUUCUUGAUUACUACCACCACGCGCCCAGCCAUUAUGAGCGAUGACAAACCCUCGAAGAGAGUCGUUAUCCGCGCUAACAGGGUCCAGACAGAGAUAUUGAAGGAGGCGUAUACCCAGUCUCAGACUGCAAACGCGAAGCAGCUGGAGAUUUUGUUUGACCGGACUGGCUUGCACUGUUGUCGCUCAUAUUUCGUCGUUGACUUUAGGCCAAAGAAGUGGAUCACCAACUGGUUCAUACGGCAGAGGAAGAAGAAUCGCGUCAAGCAGGAAGACGUUUGCUCAUUCAAGGCUGAAUAUCAAGAAACCGUCCUUGAUACUGUUACACCGCCCCAGAAACCCGCACAGAAGAGAACCAAGAAAGCUACGCCGGCGAAACAGCUCGUUAUUCCCAAACUGGAGUAUCCCGAUGAAAACGAGAUUCAGCUGCUCAGUUCACCGCUAUCUGUAGCGAAGGCUUUCCAUGCAUAUAAUGAACCGCUCGGCUCUUCGCCAUCUACAACUGCAUCCGCAUCAGCAAACCAUUCUUCUAUCUCUGCACCUACGCCAGUUUCGACGGCUUCUCUGAACGCCAGUGCCGAUUUCAAUCAGCCGCCUUGGAUUCCUCCUUCUACAGAACAGUCAUAUAUGCUGUAUCACCCUCAGUCUCUGUCUUCGCCUUGGCUUUUUGACAGCAAAGAGAACUCCCUGCCUGACUAUAUGCGUGCCCAGCCCGCUGACUACACUUUCAAUACCAAUAUACCUUCUUCAGUUCUGUGUGCUACGCCUUACGCCCAGGCUUCUGCUAUGCAAAUGCAAGAGCCAUCUUUCAUGGCGCAACUUCCGUUUCCCCUUCAUUACUCUUACCCACCCACCUCGUCAUCUUUGGAAGACACUUUAAACCCUCAGCUCACGCCCUUGAAGCACCUCAGCGUCCUCGCCAAUCAAAACUACCCUAACGACACCAAUGUCCUCUCGUCUUGUCUGUUGGACGAACAACUCGGUCAGAACGACCCAUUCCAGGCAGCGAUGGGUUUGGUGUACAUGUCUCGGCUCGGACUGAACUGGUAGAACUUGUUUUUGGUAGAUAAUAUUGCUUGAUAUGCUACCUUACUGUCGUGAAUAAAUGAUGUUAC